UUUUAUGCUCACAACUUCUUUCUCUUUGCCUCCACCACCGAAGUUUUUUUUCUUUCUUUCUGGGUGUGCCUCUCCUCUGUAACUUGAGAGGCACAUGACCAAUAGGAAGACAAACAAAGUCUGGAAGUUGUGUGUGUAUUUCUUCCGCAAACUUUUUAAGUUUUGCUGUGUUGUAAGACGAGCAAAGGAGCAGGCCACAGUCCAACCACACUGAAACAAAAUUAAUCAGUCUCAGCUAAGAUGGCAAGCCAGCUACAGCAGCUUGUAGCGGAAAGGAAGGAUAUGGUGGAGACCGUGAUGGAAGUGUUUGAACACGGAGCUGAAAUGGUGGCCAGUAUCGCAGGCGACCUUUUCCCCAUUUUCUCCAUCGCUGCUCCAAUUGUUAAGCUGGCUCUGGACAAUGUGGAAAGCAAAGAGGCUGUGUUCAUGAAGGAGCAGUUUCAGAAGGUGCGAGAUCGUCUGGAGGUGAUAUCGGAGGAGAUUCAGCAGAUCAACGAUGAGAUCAAGAAGAGCGGAUUAGAUGCUGUGUAUUUCCCAAUAGAGGAAAACCUCACUAACCAGUUCAGGAAGUACAUGGACAUCCUCAACGCCAAACCCAAGUUCAGGGAGGUCAAGAAGAAGCUUUUCCUUGAUCAUUUCGCCAAGACCGGCGGUGACAAAAACCUUAUCACCCUCUACAACUCUGUCACAGGAGAUAACUUCUCUGGGGAAUCUGUGCUGGAGAUCACCCUGAACUACGAGGAAAAAAGUCGCCGGCCGGUGGAGGACUUCUGCGCCAGACUGAAGAAGCUCUUCUGCAUCGGGCUCAUCGCACUUCUGGGCCACGCCGCUCUGAAGGGAUACGACGAGGAGGAUGCACUUCUGAAAGAAUGGGGCGAGAAGAUGAAGACUGUCCAGACCAAAAUGAAUGCCGUGAUCGAAGACUGCAUCGUCAGCUUCCCCAAACAGGCUGAGAGCGAUUGCCGUCGUCUGGUCCGUGAUGAGUCAAACUUAACCAACCAGCAGCUAGCAGAGGCCAUCAUAAAGAAACUGAAGAAGAAGUAUGACUGGGUGGGCUGGUCCGUGAGGGUAUUCAAGUCCCCUUCAGGCUUGUUCGCCAACAAGAAGGAUUACCACUGCCCGACAGGGAAGAGCCGCUUCCAGGUCCCUUUAUCAGACGAGAAACUCAACGUCUGGGUGUCCUACAGUUCCUCGCCCGAGCCUGUGGACAAAGAUCACAUCCAGCAGCUGAUCCAGACUCAGAAGAAAGUCACGACAGUGAGUGUAGCCGAGGUCCUGUUUGAGAAGUUGCCCGGCUCCUGCGUGGUCCACACGGUCAAAACCAGCAAAGACCUGGCCUGCUCCUGGAGCUUCUCAGAUGAGCUGCACUACUGGGAGGAGCACAAAAACUUCUACGUCGCCGUCCACUCGGCCUAAGGUUUUAGACACUGAUUAAGACUCUCAAUAGUCAGUCAUUGCUGGGAUUGUAGGUUACUUCAUAUUAACAUGGAUAUGACAGUCUCUGCCUGGCCUUAACAGUGAAAUACUACAGAGUAUGUGCCUUAAUUGAAUCGCUCUAAUAACCUUAUUGUUUACUGAAGUAUUCUCUUUUUCAAAUGUGUAGUGCUGAUGGUUUCGUCCAUCAUCUCAAGUCAAAGUUUGCCUUAGUUGGGGUUUUCAAUCGGGAUCGAACAAUACAAACCCUCUGAACCUUGAAAUUAUUAAAUGGGGGAAAAAAUAGAAAAAGCUCAGAGAGGAUCCCUCUUCCAUAUCACUUUCACAAUCCAGACACUAGAUUAUUUUACUAAGAAUAAUGACCUUUUCAAACCCAUACACCUGUGUUUUGUUUAUUUAUCACAACUGACAGAAGAGCUCAUCCCCUUUCUUUAGACUGUAUUAUAUCCCAGUUCUCUUUUUGUUAUUAAUUUGUCAAACGUGUAAUGAAAUAAAGUUGACAGUUGGUAAGAAUUUUGGCAAAACUGUUUUUUAAUGUCAACUUAUUUCAGAGGUUGUUUUGUGCUGGGGGAAGUUGUUGACCUAGAAUCCUGCUGUCAUGCAGAGAUUAUGCGUUGCUGGUAGUGAUAAGCAUUGACCUCGCCUUCUUCAGUAUAUACACACCAAGGCUGUGUGAGAAAAAUGUCAGAAACCUUAAUAUGGAUUUCAGUCCUACUCGUCUGAUUACAAAUAACCCUCGUUACAAGAGACAACGCCACGAACAACAUUAACUGUGGUGAACUCAUGAAAACUUUAUUUACACACCCUGUUCCGGAAAUGAUGAGGCUUAGUGACAGCAAUACUUUGUUUACGUACAGAUGCCUAGCGUAGCUGUUCUUGAGAUACUUGGGCGGUUGUGCAACAAAAACUUGAAAGCCGCAGAUCUUUUUGCUCAAGGGUGGAUGAUUUACUGAAUUAUAGGAAUACACAUUUACAUUUUGGACAAUGUAAAUAUUGGGUUUGGACUCUUUAGCUUUUUCUAGAGAUUUGCAUCAACAUGUUUAUAACCACGAUUUCAACACUAUGCUUGGAGACACCACUGAUUUUUUCUAAUUGUUGCACAUUAUUUGUUUUACAUUUUUUCUGUAAUAUGUGUGUUUCUCCUUUGUUGUUGUUUUUUCUGAUCACAAAUAAAUGUUUUCCAACAUUUGGCCAACACAUGCCCUGUAUUUACUGUAGUAUUGUUGAUUUUCUAUUUUUUAUACUAUUUCUUUUUCCAUACAGUUUAUUCAAGUUAUCAGACUCUUAUAUUGAAAUUCCUGUUGGUACACCAAAGCAAUGAAUGUAAUACAUCUUCCAAAUAAACUCAUUUGUUUGUA